AUGUCAGACAAUUUCCAGGAUGGUAGUCAGCCAGACAUCCCCCCUUCUGUAGUUGAAAGCGAAGCUGGUGGUGCUGCGCAUGCAGGUGACCCGGUGGACGCUGAAACCUUGUCUCUUCCGGGCAGCGUGGCAGAGAGUGACAUGGGGGUGGAGUGCCAGCCGUGCGACGAGGAACCUGAGCCUGGCAUGUUCCUGUGCAAGUGCAAGAAUGAGUGCUACAAGAAGUUCGAGUUUGCGAGUGUCCAGAACUCCCGCAUGCACUGGACAGAUAUGGAGAAGCAGGUCCGCUCAGAGCAGCUCUACCAGUGCAUCAAGAUUCAGGUGACUGACGACCAGGGGAACAUGUCGGGGGGGCGCCACAAGUGGACGUUCAAAAGCAAGGUCAUUUGCAGGAAUUUCUGGGCCCACGCCCACCUCACCUCCCCCAAGACCAUCGACACAUUCCGGAAACGCAUCAUUGCAGGGGGAACGAAGCCCCCCGAGGCUCUUCCCAGGAUGCCACCGCCCAGGGUGACAUGUCAGAGUUCGAAGGCUGAUAGUUGGUUCUUGCAGUUGUACCAAGACCUUGGAGAACCAUACCCUAUGGAAGAUGCAUCUGAGGAGGUCUCCGUGGACGAGCUCCAUGAAAUAAUCGAGACGCCAAGUCAUCCCUUGUGGAGCUUGUCGGUGGCCUUGCCAGACGGUGACCCUACAAAGAGGUAUGCCCCCAGGCGCUACCUCAACCCAGGGAAGUUCCAGAACAUCUGGGAGAUGUACGAAGUUAGCGUUGCCAAGGUUGACAAAGUUUCCAAGGCCACCCUGUACAGCGUCUGGAAUUCAUCUUGGAAGAAUGUGCUGAAGUUUCGCAAUUCAGGGCAAGGGAAGAGGUGCAAAGUGCGUGCUGCCUUGGACGAGGCGAAGUCCAAGGCCUCGAGCACCGAGGAGCGCCAGCAGCUUAUCAAGGAGAAAAUGGAUCACAUCACGCAGAUCAAAGCAGAUCGC